UUAAUUUUCAUCGAUUAAAUCGCGGUUUCCAUCAUGGCGGGGGGCGCACAGGCUCAAGAUAGUAAUGUGGGGUCGCCGGCGCCGAAGCAGAAGGGUCGGGCGACGGUGGAUACAUUGAAGAUCGGUUGUAUUGCUAUGGUAGUCAAAGAUGGCAAACCACGCAAAGCAGAGAUUCUGAGUAUCAAAGAGACUAAGAGUGGUCGGCAAUUCUACUGCAAUUUCGAUAACUUUAACAAACGUCUUGAUGAAUGGGUACCGACUGCCCGCAUUGACUUCACUCAAGAGGUAGAAUGGCCAAGUCCAGAGAAACCCAAAGAGACGAAAAAGGCUUCUGCCCCUGUGGCAAGAAAGACAGUUGCUCAAAAGAAAGGUCAGAAACGACCUGCAAGGACGAGAGAGGCAUCAAUAGCUUCAGAAGCAAGCACGCCACGGCCUUGGCCAGAAUUCUCGGAAUCUCAGAAGGCUACCCCAGAUCCAGAAGGCGAGGAGAAACUUACUCUUGCCCUGGAUCUUGAUGCUACCCCAGGAGCCGAGGAAGAUGAUCCCAUGGAUGUGGAUGAAGUUGUUCAGAGCGCUGUAGCGGCGAAAGCAGAGCCUCCUGAGCAGUACAACCGGGAGGAAGAGAUUGAGAAACUUCGAGUUGGAGGGUCUAUGACCCAAAACCAAGCCGAAAUCUCCCGUAUCAGGAAUAUCUCGAAAGUACAGUUCGGUAAAUACGAACUCUACCCGUGGUACUUUUCACCGUAUCCAGAAGCCUUCACGCAAGAAGAUCUGAUGUACAUUUGCGAGUUCUGCCUGAGUUACUUUGCCGACAGUAAAUCAUUUACACGGCAUCGACAUAAGUGUACCUUGCAGCAUCCUCCUGGAAAUGAGAUCUACAGAGAUGACUAUGUUUCAUUCUUUGAGAUCGACGGCCGUCGUCAACGGACCUGGUGCCGGAAUCUCUGUUUGUUGUCCAAGAUGUUUUUGGAUCAUAAGACACUUUACUACGACGUCGACCCGUUCUUGUUCUACGUCAUGACAGCUAGAGACGAGAAAGGUUUCCACCUAGUCGGAUACUUCUCCAAAGAGAAAGAAAGUGUGGACGGGUACAACGUCGCUUGUAUCCUCACACUCCCACAAUUUCAAAGGAAAGGCUACGGUCGCCUCCUCAUUCAAUUCUCGUACGAGCUCUCCAGCAUCGAAGGCAAGCUCGGCUCUCCAGAAAAGCCUCUUUCCGAUCUAGGACUCCUCUCCUACCGACAAUACUGGACCGAGAACCUCGUCGAAGCUCUCAUCGAAGCCAAUGAGACAGACUCCAAAGUCAGCAUUGACAUGCUGGCGAAUAAUCUGUCUAUGACGUCUCAGGAUGUGGAGAGUACGCUGCAGGCGUUACAGAUGCAAGUUUAUCACAAGGGCGAGCAUAAGAUUAUCCUGCCCACGCAUCUCAUCAAGAAGCAUGAGACGAUGAAGGAGAAGCAGAAGACGAAGCCGAAGAGGGUUAUUGAUCCAACGCUGAUACAGUGGAAACCACCUGUUUUUACGGCGAGCUCGAGGACUUGGGGCUGGUAGAUGGAAUUGGGUGGAUCGGUUUGGGUUGGAUAUACUUAUGGCGUCAGGGAUACGGCAAAUAAAGGCGUAGUGAUAGGUUGUAGAGUAGAUUGAUAUCACAAAAUUGUGAGGAUUCAUGGCAGGAUGAAUUGAUGCCU